AUGGACCCAGCGUAUAUUGCACAAUCUAAAAGGAAUGGGAAGAGAAGUAGCAAAUGUAAAACAUGCAACGUGGAACUCACGACAGCAGAAUGUGAAGGCGGCUGUACAGUCAGUAAAACAACUGGAUGUUUGGAAGGUUCAAAUAAUAAUAAAAUCCAAUGUAGUAAAAUGCUGAAAAACUGCGUUUUCAGAUACACUACACUACCGAUGAAGGUAACAUGUUUUAG